UUAAAAAAUAAACAAACUACUCCCGAAACCCAAAAAGAUAACUCUGCUUUGUUUACAGCCGUAGAGAACAACGAUAUCAAGACAGUAAAAAAUCUAGUCGCCGAAAAAGAAAUAGACGUUAAUAUUUAUGACCCAACUAACGACUUUACCCCCCUACAUAUCGCAGUGGCCCGUGAUUAUCUUGAGAUGACCAAACUUCUACUUGCCAGCCAAGCCAAUCCUAAUGCACAAGAUGGCGAAGGUAAUACUCCCCUACAUUUUGCGGCCGAAGGCAAUAAUUUAAAACUCCUCAAGUGCCUAGUGAAAAAUAAAUACGAAGACCUAAACGUUGAAGUCAAAGCGGAUAAUGGUUUCACCAUUAGCGAUGUAUUCUGGCAAAAAGAUUAUUCUUAUGCUAAAAUUUAUGAAGAUUUAGUGGAAAAAUAUAAAACCUCUGCGGAAAUCCAGUUUAAUCAGCAAGAAGAUUACGAACAGUUGUUGGAGUUAGCCGUCAGGAAAAUUUACUCGCUAAAAGUUAAGGAGACUGCCACCAGUCGCCGGCAAAAAUUCCAGCAGGCCCAACAGUUAUUCCAGGGAAUAAGAAGACUAGUUGAGGAAAAAGUAACUGCUAAAACUUAUCUCACUAGAGGAGAAAUAGAGGAAGAGGAGAGGGCAGAAUACGAAAAAAAGAGUAAAUAUAAUGAAAAUAAUGAUUGGGAAUAUUUAUCGCUGAUUGAAGAUACUAACAUUAUCACCAACGCUAUUUACGAGCAAAAAUUAGAUAAAAGCUUGCUUGCCACAAUUAAAAAGGAGACCAAUAUCCAAUAUGUAGAUGAAAGUGUGGAAGAAGAAGGUGUCCAUGCUGAAAUGAAAAUAUUGGCUACCCUUCAUACCAGAGGAAAGUUAAGUAAAAGAGGCGGACUAAGCCCUUUUCAAGUUUGUGGAACUCACGGAAGCACUUAUAUGAACUGGAUGGUUCCUAAUAAUAUUCCUGAUAGGUAUAAAGCCCAAUUGUUGAGCGAAUUAGAAAAAUUACUACUACCUAAAAAAGUUGGUGAAAGCACUAGUGUAAUUCCUCCUUUGCUAACUAAAAGUCAUUAUCGGGAAUUGGAGCAAGAAGUAGAAUAUGAAAGUCAGGUAGAAGUUGGUGCUUCUUUGCCAGUAAAUGAUUACGGCGGAGGAUUGUCAAGAGAAGAUAUGAUCGGAAGUUUUAUGACACAAUUGCUCAUGGUCGAGGCACGACGACAGUUAGACAAGGGCAAAAAGUUUAGAUCGAGAGUCAAAUCUGUCAAAUUACGUGAUGAUUACAUUGAAAUAGAGUUUGAAGACUCCGAUUUAAUAGAGAUAGAUCUAGAAAGAAUGAAUGGCAUGCAGAUAGACAUAUUAAAGAGGCAACAUUCUAAUGUAGUAAAACUAAUUGAACGAAAAAGCAAAAGUCUGGAAGAGUUAAAAUCAGAAAAUCAACAACAAGCGAAAGAAAUAGAAAAAUUGAAAGCGGCACUAGACAGCGAAAAGCAGACAAAAACAAAAUUAGUUGAGGAAUUAAACAAAAUUAUCACAAAGAAUUUUGAGUCUAUGAAACAAGAAACACAGAUAUUGAUAGACCCUAAGUAG